AUCUCUUCAAAAAUAGUGAAUUGCUUUUAAGAAAAUAUAUUAAUUGCACAGAACCUUUUUAAAAGUUUGAGAAACUAACUAAGAUUAUUAUUGGAAAAGAAAAACAAGUUUUCCCCUUUUUUUCGCUGUUAAAAGCCCAAGUAUUUGUAGCAUUGAAACGGAAAUUUGAGAGUCAUUUAAAGCUCAAUGGCAUUUGCUCAAUAAAAAGAACCCCUUUCAGACACUUUCGUCAAUCAUCGGCACUUUCCUUCAUUUUCCCAGGUGAUUGCUAAACAAUUUGAUUCUGUUCGUUUGGCUUGAUGAUUGGGCAGAAGAAUUGUUCUCGUAAAUGUUCAAUUGAUUGCCAGCUGCCAUCGACAUAAUGGCAUUCGAGCCCAAAAAUUGUCUAAUGACUGCACUCCGAGACGCUUAUCAAAGAUUCAUGUGCGCAUUUGCCAAUCACCUGCAGAGCGGAUCGCAUUUCCCCCGCCCGCUUUUCCCAUUUCCUUUGCCAUUUUCCUGUUUUCUGUGGCGAUUGCACUUAACUGACAGACGCACGAGUUUUUUGCUGUACCAAUUAGCUUUGGCAAUAAAUUCAGCCGCCGGCUUGGAAUCGCCGACCAUGCAGGAAGUGGAGGUGGUCGAUGUGGUGGAGACCCAGGAGCAGUUCCUGCCGGCGAGCCCGGAUCCCAACUGGCUGGCCGCCAUGGCGAAUGAGUUUCAGAGUGUGCCUGUGUACGAGACCUUUCCGGCGGACUUGCAGAACUGGCUGAUGGAUGGCUAUGGGAUCAGUGCCACGGAUUUCUACCACAGCUGGAGCAGAGCAGGAUUUGGCAGCAGGAGCAGCUCCCGCACCCAGCUGAUCUGUACGGCAGAUGGCCAGUGCUACGAGGUCAACAAAAUCGUCACUGCAUGCUGUCCAUUCUGAGCAUCCAAUAAAGGCAUUGAAAACAA